UCCAUCUUUGACUUGUAAAAACCAAAUCAAUUACCCAAUGGCUUCUUUGUUAGCUCAAUAUUUGGUUUUUCUUGCCUUAUGCUCUUUGCAAUAUCAUAGUUUGGCUUAUAAUAACUUUAAUCAAGAUUUUGAUGUUACAUGGGGAGAUGGUAGGGCAAAGGUUCUCAACAAUGGAAAACUUCUUACUCUCUCCCUUGACAAAGCCUCUGGUUCCGGUAUUCAAUCCAAGAGAGAGUAUUUAUUUGGAAGGAUUGAUAUGCAGUUGAAACUCGUACGUGGAAAUUCAGCUGGCACUGUUACUACAUAUUACUUAUCAUCACAAGGGGCAACACAUGAUGAGAUAGAUUUUGAAUUCUUGGGCAAUCUUAGUGGUGAUCCUUAUAUUAUUCAUACAAAUGUUUACACUCAAGGCAAAGGUGACAAAGAACAGCAAUUCUACUUAUGGUUUGAUCCAACUGCUGGUUUUCAUACCUACUCCAUUCUUUGGAACCCACAAACAAUUAUAUUUUAUGUGGAUGGCACACCUAUAAGAGUGUUCAAGAACAUGAAGUCAAGAGGAAUACCAUACCCAAACAAGCAACCAAUGAGAGUAUAUGCAAGUCUAUGGAAUGCAGAUGAUUGGGCUACUAGGGGUGGCCUAAUUAAAACAGAUUGGUCCAAUGCUCCAUUUAUAGCCUCUUUUAGAAAUUUCAAAGCCAAUGCUUGUGUUUGGGAAUUUGGAAAAUCAUCAUGUAAUAGUAGCACAAAUCCAUGGUUUUUUCAAGAACUUGAUUCAACAAGCCAAGCUAAGUUACAAUGGGUGCAGAAAAAUUAUAUGGUUUAUAAUUAUUGUACUGAUAUUAAAAGGUUUCCUCAAGGUUUUCCUCUAGAAUGUAAUUUCAACUCCACAACUAGUUAAAAUUGUUUUGUAUAUUAGUCUUGGUAAUUAUCAAAUUCCUCUUGUAAUUGACGGAAUUCAUUUUCAGAGAUAAUAAAUUACAAAUAGAAUCAUGUAAUAAGAUGUAAUGCUACAUGAAUAGGACAAUCGCAGUGCAAAUACAAUAUUUCUUGUCUUUGUAAGUUUUUUGAGUUUUGUAAUAAAUGAAGUUUCAUUCGGACUU